ACUGCGACUGUAGCAUGGUGGAGGGCGUGUGUGUGUUACAGGAGUGCCAUACUGAUGCCUCUCAGUGCAAAUGCUGCAAGAACUGCAAGUUCCUGCCUCUUGUGGUGAUGUGUCGGCCCGUUAGGAGCGAGUGUGACCUGCCUGAAUACUGCACAGGAAUGUCCUCGGAGUGUCCUGAAGACACGUUCCGAGCAAACGGCGCUCCCUGCAGCAAUAACACCGGCUACUGCCACGGAGGCCAGUGUCCACGCCGACUGGACCAGUGCACCGGCACGUGGGGACAGACCGCACAAACGGCCUCGGAUUCCUGCUACGAACUGAACACUCACGGCACACAGUACGCAUACUGCACGCGGCCAUCUCCCGACGUAUAUACAGGAUGCCAACCCAAGGAUGUUGCGUGCGGGAAGCUCUUCUGCUGGAACGGGUCGGCAGAGCCGCGUCACGGGACAGCAGUAAUGAUCGGCUCGUGCAAGGCCACUGUUCACGGGGACCCGAGCGCGGACUACGGUCAGGUCCACACCGGGACCAAAUGCGGAGAGGGCCUGGUUUGCAGCAACAGCGCGUGCGUGGAGCUGGGGACGGUGUACGAGGAGCCGAACUGCACCAAAUGCCCGGAGCACGCGGUGUGCAAUAACAAGGGCGCAUGCCAGUGCGCCGCAGGUUGGGCGCCACCAGACUGCGCCAGUCCGCACACAGACUACAUCGCCACUGCUGCCGAUCCAGUGCCGGGACUAAGCAACAAAGCGUGCAGUGCCAUAGCAGCAUGUGCGACUGUGCUGCUCUGUCUCGCGCUCGUCACUGCCGCUAUGGUCUGGAGAGUCAAAACGACGCGGAACCGGUCUCGAGCUGCAGGAAGCAGAGUUCCCAGUGCUGUUCCACAGCAUCCUGUGCCCACUGUAAGUGCCCGCGUGCUGUCUGAGGGAUCACAGAAGGGCUCCUUCUUCUGGGUCUAACAUGGGAAGCUGGAUCCCUGAGAAAUCUCACCAUUUAAUCAACAAGUGCAUCCACUCAAAGGCUUUCAAAACACCAAUCACACUGUAAUCAGCUUCCCUCAAAACCACCUCUGGCGGCUCAGUUUGAGGACAAGACUUUGGUGGACGUUGAAAGCAAAGCUACGUCUCGUCAUGGGGUGGUUCUUUACACCACGUAGGCUGAGGUAUUGGUUCUCCCUCCCUGGUCCUGUCGGACUGGGUAACCAGCAGGACCUGUGGUACUCUGGUUAUGAUUGUGGUGCAGGACAACAGCACAGUGACAGGAUGCUGCAGCAGUUUUAGCGUCACUGUAUAUUCACAGGAAAUGAGACGGGUGAUGUUGGUGAGUUAAGUGACCACAUUCUUAUAUUAAUGACUCUGGCACCUUUACAACACUAACAGUGUCUCACUUUUUAAAUGUUGGCAUGGUUGGUACACAGAUUAGGGUUAUGUACUAAAUUAAGGAACAAAUAUUGGCAAGAUUAUAUUUUAUUUUACUAGAUUAGUGUGUCCCUGACAGACAUAUAAACCUGUACAUAGAGCAACAUAUAAAUUGUUUCAGCCAGUGUGUGGGGAGAGUGGUAAUUCCUGAACUUUAGUCUUUGUUUUAAAUUGUAGCCUACAAAUACUGAUUUGGGCUUUACAUUUUCAAAGGUUUUCUUGCAUU